GUCACCGAAGAGCGAGACCAUGGCUGCUCUUCUCCGAGCUCCACAUCCUUCUCCACUGCCCAGAGCCAGACUCCAUGCUUCCCGAUCUCCGAUCAUCAACUCCCCCCUUCUCCAUUCCAUCUCCUCUUCCACCCCAACCCGAAAAAUCAGCACCAGUAGACGGACGUUGCUUGUUCCUCUCCAUGCUAGCACCAAUCCCUCACCUCUAAGCAGUAGCAAUGGCGGAAGCAUGGACGUCCGCAACGUUAUUGUUCGCGCUGGAGAGAUCCUCUCCCUGGGGUUCCCAUUGUGGGUGGCGUUAGCGUGCUUCCUUGGCCUCUGUAAGCCCUCAUCGUUCCUUUGGGUGCAUCGCGAUUGGCAGAUCCUUGGAAUCACUCUCACCAUGCUUGGUAUGGGCAUGACCUUGACGCUUGAUGAUCUCAAAGGUGCGCUUUUGAUGCCAAAGGAGAUCGCCGCUGGCUUCAUCCUCCAGUACACGAUAAUGCCACUAUCGGGAUACUUCGUGAGCAAGAUGUUAAAGUUGCCGGCACAUUAUGCCGCUGGUUUGAUUUUACUUGGCUGCUGCCCUGGAGGCACUGCUAGUAAUAUUGUCACAUAUCUUGCACGGGGAAACGUAGCUUUAUCAGUACUGAUGACAGCUGCAAGUACCUUUGCCGCUGUGAUAAUGACACCAUUUCUGACCUCCAAACUUGCCGGGCAAUUUGUUACAGUGGAUCCAAUUGGCCUUUUUACAUCAACAGUGCAGGUGGUUCUUGCUCCUGUUAUAUUUGGUGCUAUUUUGAACCAGUAUUGCAACAACUUGGUUGAGUUUGUUUCUCCUGUAAUGCCAUUCAUUGCUGUAGUGACCGUAGCCAUUCUGUGUGGUGGUGCUAUAGCUCAGAGUGCCUCGGUGAUUCUUACGUCAGGUUUGCAAGUGGUGUUUUCUGUCUGCUUGCUUCAUGGCUUAGGCUUUUUCUUUGGCUAUCUGUUUUCAAGGAUGAUGGGUAUUGAUGUGUCUUCUUCCCGCACAAUAUCUAUCGAGGUUGGCAUGCAGAAUUCAGUGCUUGGAUUAGUGCUUGCAAAUCAACAUUUUGGGAAUCCUCUCACUGCAGUUCCAUGUGCCGUUGCCAGUGUCGUCCACUCAGCUUAUGGCAGUUUGUUAGCAGGAAUUUGGCGGGGAAUGCCACCAAAAAUUGAGAGGAAUGAAGAGGACUGAUGCUUCAAAUGAUGAGAGUUUUCAUAUAAAUCAAGUUCUUUCAGAUUGUUUUUAUAGUCAAUGGAUUUGUUUCUAGGCUUAUGACUGAACAAGAGAAUUUGUUUUAAGUACGUUUCAUGAAAACCAUAUCGCUAAAUAAGAAUGGUGUUGUCUUUGCACCAGUUUCAAUGGAA